AUGGUGAACGACCACGACAGCCAUGCUAGCGAGGGAAACGGUAACGAUAUACCUUCCCAUCUAAAAAGAACUUGUGAAAGUCUAACUAGGCGACAGAGAGAGUUAUACAAUAGGUGUCCCUCUCUUGAUGUUAGAAUUAUGUUUUUAGAAGGGAUUACUGAAGAAAGAAAGAAAUCAGAAAUCGGGUCCGAACUAAUUGGCUUAGUCUUAUACACACUUAUCACUGGUCUUAUCGUUUUAAUAUAUGGAUUAUUUUUCAAGAACGAAGAAUCCACAAAGUAUUUUAUUGUCUUGUUGAAUAGUGUCUACUACAUAGCUAAAAUUGUUAUAUUGGGAGCCAGUAUGGAAAGAUUAGGAAUAAUUUAUGAUAAUAAAAUUGCAAGUAUAAAUGGGCAGAUGUUAAUUGAGGAUUUGAUUGAGAGUUUCUAUGUUGUCUUUCUGGGUAUAAAGUUUGAGCUUCUCACAAAGUUUCAACAUAUUGAAAAGGAUAUGUAUAAGAAAAUAAGUGAAAUCAUGAAAACUAAAGAAAGUACAAAUAAUGUGUUGAUAAUAUUUUUGAUAGUAAUGAACUUAACAUGA